GUGGGUUUUUGGUCGGGUCCGCCUAUGGGGAGAGAGAGAAUGUAAUUUUUCAAACCUCUGAGGGAUCUUUCCGUAGUUCUCUUAAACGUUGGGUACAUGAUGUUAAUUAACCCUAUUCUUCUUCUUUUUUCAGAGAAGAAACGAUGAAUCAGAGGAGGGAAAAUCCAAAUUUCAAAACCAAACGCACUCACACACACUGAAAAGAAAAGAAAUUCCCGAAAACCCCAUUUUGAUUUUUGCCUCUUCAUCAUCAGAUUCUUCAUGUAGUUCUGAAAUUCCAAGUAACAAGCCGGAAAUUCUUGUUUUGGAAAUCGGAAUUAGAGGAAUUUCUUUGAAUUUCUGAAGAUAUGGCCGAAGCCCUAAGUCCGACUGCGAAGCAGCGGGGCCCUUUCUCGCCGACCAGUCCGUUCUUCCUAGGUUCAAAUGACGACAAACUCGAACGAGCUCAAGCUAGGGCUGCUCGUGCUGCUGCGGUCCGGCGCAAGAUCUCUCCGGCAGCCGGUCUGGCCACCGACCCCACGGACAAUGAAUCCAUCCUCGAUAAGGAACAGAUUCUGGAACUCUUCCAAAAUUGCAUCAAACUCGCCAGUGAAAACGUCGGUUCCUCACUCUCUUUUUAAUUAGUGUUUGUUUGGACCAUAUGGUUAGUUUGGAUGUCAUAAAAGCUGGUUCUUUUAUCUUCUUUUGUUUGCUUGUUUGUUUGUUUGUGUUGGGUGCAGAAAAUUAAUCAAAAGAAUACGUGGGAGCUGAAUUUGAUUGACCAUCUUUGCGAGAUAAUUAAAGUUGAAGAAGAGAAUGAUGUGGAGACCAAUUUUCAAAAGGCGAGUUGUACCCUUGAAGCUGGAGUUAAGAUCUAUUCAAUGAGGGUGGAUUCUGUGCACUCAGAGGCCUACAAGGUUCUAGGAGGAAUUAAUCGCGUUGGCCAGGAGAAUGAACAAGAUGGGUCAUUGGAAGAUUUUAAUGACUGUAAUAGGCAAGAAGAAAGUCAAUCAAAGAAAGAACCAGAGAGAAAGGUGUCACCUCUGUCAACAUUAGAGUCAUCGUUCGAAGCAUUAAAUGUAAAGAAGUUUGAUGUGGCCUUUGCUGUGGAUCCUCUUUACCAUCAGACGUCUGCACAGUUUGAUGAAGGUGGAGCAAAGGGUCUUCUGUUGAACAACCUUGGAGUAUAUGGUAAUUGCAUGGUCCUUUUCGAUUCACUGGAAUUACCUGGGAAGUGCAUAUCACCUUCAACUGAACCUGAUAGAUCCGAAAUGAUUGAUGUACCUUUUCUGAGAGAGAGCAUACAACAGAUGGCCAUGGACAUGCCUAACAAAGAAGAUAUCUCUCCCAGUCUUAAGGAUAUAGUUAAUCUUUUUGAUGAGGAUGAUAGAAGACCUUCUGGACCAUAUCCUUCGGGAGAAAAUUUAUCUGAACAAGUUCCUGGAACUGAGGAGAAUGAUUUUGAGAUGGAAAAUGAUGUGUUUGAUAAUUCCGGAACUUGGGAUUUUGGUCAAGAUGAACAACCAGAAAUUGUGGAUGAGAGCAGCUAUGGAGUGGACCCAAAUUUACCUAACCAACAAGAGGAUGUUGAACCAUCCAUGACUUAUGAAUGGAAUGUGGAUGACAGAUUUGAGAAAAUCGAUGAUUAUCUGUUUUUAAGCUUGGGAUUUUCUUCAAAGCAAAAUGCUUGGGCUGGUCCAGAUCAUUGGAAGUAUCGGAAGGCCAGAGAGGUUCCUGUGAAUGAAAAUGCGCUGCCUUUGAAGACAAAGAAAUCAAAGAGUAAAAAAGCUGAAUCUGAUAUUGAUUUUACAAAAGCCUUGGGCACAGACAUGUCCAAUGUCUUUGCUCCCCCCAAAAAUCUCAAGUCAAUAUUAAUGCCUCCAAGCAGAGCACCUAGUGCCACUAGACUUCCAGAAGAUUGCCACUAUCAGCCAGAAGAUCUUGUAAAACUAUUCCUUCUGCCGAAUAUAAUGUGCCUAGGGAGGAGACGAAGGAGGGUUCCUGAUGCUUCGGGUCCACAAAGUGAUGAUUAUGGAUCGAUGCCUCCAUGGGAUGAUGAGAAUGCUUUUGAUGGUUCUUUGGAUAAUGAAAAUGCUUAUAGUGACAAUGAAGAUUUGAGCAAUCUUGUCUCCCAGCCUCGACAGGUAAACAAGAUUGAAGUCCAGUAUGACAAAACAUCAAAACAGGUUGAUGUUCAGUCACUUAAGGAAACUCUAUGGAAUUAUAUCAGAGGGUCAAAUGUGGCAGUAGUACAGGAUAAUGUACAAGAGGAAGUAUCAUUUAAGCAAGCACUGGCAGAGUUUCCAUAUGAUUGCACAGCCGCAUCGUCUCUUCAAGACAUAUCUCCUCAUCUGUGCUUCAUAUGCUUAUUACACCUUGCAAAUGAGCACGGAUUACGAAUUCAAGGUUGUGCUAACCUGGAUGAUCUGACCAUACACUUCUAGCUUCAUGGUCCAUCGGUUUAUAAACUGCACUUCCUUGUUCCUACUUCCUAGCGCUGUACGAAUGCAUCUGCAUCCACAUUAUCUUGAUGUGUGUAUCAUUCUCAUGUGGUUCGUCUUAAUAUAUUUCCUUGGGUGAUUAACAUGUGUUAGAUUAAAGAGAUAGACAAGUUUUUUGUGUCCUCUGGAAGGUUCACUGUCAUGUAACAGUACUUUUGUGGCUUGGGAUUGUAUUAGACUAUUAGGAGGGGUAGCUCGUAGCCCUGGAGGAGGGGUAGCUCGUAGCCCUGGAAAGGCCACAAACAGAAUUCAAAAGAAAUCAUUUUAAUGAUUCUGCAAGUGAUCUUUUGUUCAAUUUGCUCUGAUAUUUUAAUUUAAAAUCAAUGUAAUUACCUUCUCGAAACUAUUUUAGAUUACCUUUCCGUGUAGUAUAUCAAUUUUCAUACUCUAAUUUUGUUAAAUAAAGUUUAUAGAUUUUCAUUUUAGGAUGAUCUCAU